AUGACAUACGGCGGCAAUGGUGAGAUGGCGAUGACACUUGGUACCGGAAGCGGCAUGGCAAUGGCAGUUGAAGUCCAUCACCGGAGGGGAUGGGUUACCUCAUAUGUUUAUCUUUACCAAGGCAUUUGGUAUGCACCGGCUACUAUUCAAGGUAUAUGCUCUUUUCAAAGGCACUUUCAAGCAAAAGACAGUGAUAUUGUUAUUGCCACCUUGCCAAAAUCUGGUACUACUUGGUUGAAGGCGCUUACAUUUGCUAUUGUGAAUCGUAAACUUUUCUCUCCUUCGCAAAGUAACCAUCAUUUGCUUAAUUCCAAUGCACACGAGCUUGUUCCUUUCCUUGAGUUCCAUCAUUAUGCAAAUAACCAAAUUCCUGAUCUCUCCAUCAUUCCCGAACCAAGGGUUUUUGGCACACAUGUUCCAUUUCAUUCAUUGCCAAAUUCAAUUACCAAUUCCAAAUGCAAGCUAAUCUACAUAUGUCGAAACCCUUUUGACAAUUUUGUGUCAUUUUGGUUUCACCUCAACAAAAUCACACCACCAUCUUUACCCAAAUUAUCAUGUGAGGGUGCAUUUGAGAGGUACUCCAAAGGGAUCAAUGAUAUGGGUCCAUUUUGGACAAAUAUGUUGAGUUAUUGGAGAGCAAGCAAAGACACAACAGACAGGGUUGUGUUUUUAAAGUAUGAGGAUCUGCAAGCAGACAUCAAUUUCUACUUGAAAAGAAUUGCUGAGUUCUUGGAAUGUCCGUUAAACUUAGAGGAGGAAAUUAAUGGCACUAUUAGAAACAUAAUUGAGCUUUGUACCUUUGAGAAGAUGAAGGAAUUGGAGGUAAACAAGACUGGCAAAUUUGUGCACAAGUAUGAAAACAAGGAUUUGUUUAGGAAAGGUAAAGUAGGAGACUGGAUGAACCAUUUUUCCUCUAAGAUGGAAGAGGAAUUGUCCAAAGUUAUAGAAGACAAGUUGGGUGGGUCUGGUCUAUCGUUUGAAGUGCUCUCUUCAACUAGAUAAACUAUAAGUCAUCAACUUUCUACCUCUGUAGAAUAGGUAU